AUGUAUUAUUUAGUAAAAAAUUGUCAAACCGUGUGCUCCGAAAGCUUUGCAAACUGGCUCUGUAAAGCUUUCUAUACAACUGGGAGGAUUUCGCUUACUGUUUCAAUUUUUAAACAUAUUAUACAAAAUUCUUUCUCACUGCAAAAUAUAAGCCAGUCUGAAAAUUUAUUCGACUUUAUUAUUCACCAACUACAUAUUAAAGAUAACAAGCCCCAAAUACAGAAAAAUCUUAUGAUAAUUCUGUACAGAAUAACCGGAACUGAUAAAGGGGUCAAAAUAAUGUCAUCAGAAGAAUAUUGGAAUGCACUAUUGCAAUAUUUUUUACAAAACGAUGACCGAUGCAGGAUGACAAAAAUAAAAGCGUUCACAAUUUUAAAUCGGUCUAUACCGAAAAGAAAUCUUCCACGCGAACCCGAUUAUUAUAGCAUAAAUUUUAGUGAUAAUGUUCUGAAGGAAUUACAAAACGCAAAUUGUUUCGAAAAUCCGUUAAAUGACGAUAUUGAUGAAAGCGAAGAUGAUGAAGAGAACUUUGAUAGUGAUAGUUACGACUCAAGAAACUUUGAUGAUGAGAUUGAGUCAGAAAAUAUGCAGCUUAACAUAGAAAGAAACAAACCAGAAUUGCCUAAACACAAAUUGGAGCCGUUUUUUUCCGAACUACAACCCUCUGACGACUACGCAUAUAAACCAACCAAAACGAACAAUCUUGAAAUAUUUAAAAAACUCGAAGCAUUCCUAAACGAAAACGCGACGUCGAAUUCUUCGCCUUCAACUGUUUAUAACUAUUUAUUUUCACAAACACAAAAGCACAGUUUCACAAAAUCAAUCGCUCAUCCGGAUUUAAUGCUUGUCGACGCCGAUCCUUCCGACAACAACCAAACAAUUUGUGUCAGUACAAGUAAGCAAUUAACUAAAACUCUUGCUGGCAAACUUUGUCGUCUCAAAUUUGAACCACCCCGAGUCUAUCCGACAGUAUAUUUUGUUGAACAAGACAACGAAGAAAACGGAUUUUCCAGUGUCGAAACGAUUUCGAUAAUAGAUGAACAUCGUUUAAAAUUUUCUUCUACUUUUGAGGGAGGGAAUCUACGUUAUGCUGAAAGGGUAAGCCAAUACGAGUAUAACCUUAUGGUAACUGGAGACUACAAAACAGAAAACUUUAGUCAAUGGUUUUAUUUUUCUGUGACGAAUAUGGAAGCCGGAAAACCAUAUUCAUUCAAUAUAAUCAAUUUCAAAAGAAUUAACAGCCAGUUCAAUCAUGGAAUGCAACCGGUUAUGUUUUCAGUUAAGGAUUUUUUACGUAAAAGAUAUGGGUGGAAAAGGACGGGGAAAAAUAUUAUUUAUUACGGAAAUAAUUUUCGUUCGAAAACCAAUACUAAACAGUACAGAACUUUGAGUUUCUGCAUUACAUUUUCUAAUUCCAAAGAUACUUGUUUUAUAGCUUAUCACUAUCCAUACACCUACACAAGAUUACUGACCAAUAUCUACUUAAAUUAUCAAAAGCUUGCUGAAGAUUCCAUUUACGUUAGAGUGGACAAAUUGUGUAACACAAUCAAAUCAAACGAAGUGCCCCUUAUAACUAUCACUGGGAAAUCAUCUACCAAAGAAUUACAGAAAAGGCCCAUUGUAUUCAUUACCGGUCGCGUGCAUCCUGGUGAAAGCAAUUCCUCCUGGAUCAUACAAGGCUUACUGGAUUUCCUCCUGAACGAACACGAUGAAAAGGCAGCGCAAGCCAGAAAUAGCUACAUUUUUAAAAUAAUUCCAAUGCUUAACCCCGAGGGAGUUAUUCUUGGACAAUCGCGGAACGGCAUCACUGGCGAAGAUCUGAACCGUUGCUACAAAAAUCCAAACCCCAUUUUACAUCCAGAAAUCUACUAUCUCAAGAGUAUAGUUGGGUACGCAGUUAAGAUUUUGGAACAUCCAAUUGCAACAUUUAUAGAUAUCCAUGGUCACAGCAGGAAGAAGUUUUUCUUUUUUUACGGCUGCGAUCCAAAAAAAAGUUGGAACAGUGCAGACCGGAAACAAUUGGAUUUCUCCGAUAUUUGUACCUUAUUACCGACGUAUAUAAAUAACAAUAAUUUAAACAAAUCGUUUUGCCGAUACGAUUUUAAUAGCGAAAAAGAAUCGACAUGCAGAGUUAUGAUGUGGAGGGAAUUUGGAAUAAAGUGCUCGUACACACUGGAAUCGUCUUUUUGUUCGGGUGAGAACAAGAAGAAAAUUACUACAGAAACUUUGCAACAAAUUGGUGUCAGUCUAGUAACUGCCCUUGCUUUUAUUGCCCAACAAAAAAUAUGGCAAAAGAAGAAAGUUUUUGACGAAUGAUUUAGCCGAGUACCUGUACCUAUGUAGGCAAAUAGUAAAACAAAAAGAAACAUUAAGUAUUCCUUUUCGACGUGAUAUUAAAUUACAUAUCAAUUGUUUGUAUAUAUUCGACAUAAAAAUUGUUUUGUUACUUUUUUUUUAAUAAAAUUUUUUAGAGGGUUGAAACUUCUCAUUAAUUAUCAUUCAUAAUUAAUUCAAUUCUAAAUAAAAGGUAAAAUCGUUAUGUAACGCAAACAAUGACCCCUUUUCUUCAUCCCUCUAGCUCCCUAAAGCUCGGUGGAAGUUCUCCCUCCUUUUUUAAUAUUUCUUUUAGAGGGAUAACUUCUCAUUAAUUAUUACUUUAAUUUCCGAUAAUAAUAAUUAAAUUUUUUAAAAAACAUUGACCCCUUUCCUGCCGCUCCCUUUUCCAGAACUGGACCACAACGCCCACAAGUCCCUCUCUCUCCUUAAUUAGCGUUACAUAAACAUCCCUUAACAAUAUACCUACUGUCAACAACUUGAUAUUAUACCAAGUUGUUUCUACUUGGAUUUGAUCGGUGAAAAUAGCUGUGGCGUGCUGAAGAGAGGUAAUAAUUUCGAAAUCACUAUCCACAUUUUGUAGUUUCGAUAACUUACUAACCAAGAAUUUAACGUCCCUUAUUAAUUUGAUUUAGGUACGAAAAUAAUAAACGCAUUUAGUUCAUCUUCAUUUUAAUUUUUUAUUGAAUGUAUCGGAUUAAAUACAACAGCACAUUAAUAAAAUUGCCCGCUACUGUGCAACAGAUUUAAAGUAAAGAAAAAAAUAAUAAUAAGAAAUACAUUAAGUUAUAGAUAUGCAUUUCUAAUUGAUGACGUAAAAAAA